CCGGGGCCCGAGCCGCUUCCGGGCCCUCCCGGCGGGGGCCUGCGGAGCAGCGCGGCAGCCUGCUGCCCCCGGCCCGGUGUGUGCGGAGCGGCGCAGCCUCCCCGGGGAGCGGCCGGGGGAGGGAGGCGCCGGGUUCAUGUUGCGGGGCGCUGAGCCCAGCCCGACCCCAGCUCAGGCGGCGAGGACGAGCUGGCAUUUCAGUAAGACUAUGGAGGAGCUGGUUCAUGAUCUAGUCUCAGCACUGGAAGAAAGUUCAGAACAAGCCAGAGGAGGUUUUGCUGAUACUGGAGAUCAUUCUCGAAGUGUGUCUUGUCUUCUAAAGCGACAGGCAAGAAAAAGGAGGGGACGAAAAAGACGUUCAUUUACCACCCAUCAUCCUUGGGAGACUGGUCACUGUUUAAGUGAAGGUUCGGAUUCCAGUUUAGAAGAAUCAAGCAAAGAUUACAGGGAGAAUCAUGCUAAUAAGAAAGACCACAGUGACUCGGAUGACCAGUUAUUGGUUGCUAAACGUAGGCCUUCCUCAAACUUAAAUAACAUUAGAGGCAAAAGACCUCUAUGGCAUGAAUCAGAUUUGGCGGUGGACAGUUUAGGAAACAGAACUUUGCGUAGGAGAAGAAAGGUGAAAAGGAUGGCAAUAGAUCUGCCAUCAGAAGUUUCUAAUGCACUGACAAUAACUCAACAGCAGGAUAACAGAGAUCAAGAAAUGGACAAUGACAACAAAUCGUACCAACAUCAAGAGUUUUCCAAGAGCAAAGUGAAAAAAAGAAAAGUAGCUGCAGUUCGACAAGGACCAGAAGUCUUGGAUGAAGGAGUAGUAAUAGAAAAUGAAGAAGUGAACCAAGCAAAUAAGGACAAAAUGGACUAUGAGGAGCAAAAGGGCUCAGAUGAAAACAUGAGCGACAGUGAAUCCAGCAGUCUGAGCAGCAGUGAUGCUGGUUUGUUUACCAAUGAUGAGGGAAGACAAGGUGAUGAUGAGCAGAGUGAUUGGUUUCAUGAAAAUGAAUCUGGUGGAGCAUGUGGAAUUACGGGGGUCAUUCCUUGGUGGGAACAAGAAGACUCUACAGAACUGGAGAGAGAAUUGCCUGAUCCAGUCUUUGAAAGUAUCUUAACGGGUACUUUCCCCCUUAUGUCCCAUUCAGGAAGGAGAGGUUUCCAGAGUAGAUUUAGUCAUCUUCAUGGAAUGCCAGCAAGAAACAUUAAAAAGGCUUCAGGAAACCAGAAUGCAUUGAUAACUCCAGGACCAGGUGGUAGCAGGAAAACGGUUCACUUGUCCCAGGAUUCUCUUCACCAUGACCAUUGGUUUAGCCCUGGGGCUAGGAAGGAACAUAGCCAGCUUCAACUCUUGCGAGACAACCGAUCGGACAGAGGACACAAGAAGAACAGCUCUGUAAAAACAGCUAGCAGGCAAACCAGUGUGCAUUUAGGAUCAUUGUGCAUGGGAGACAUCAAACGGAGAAGGAAAGCUGCUCCCCUGCCAGGACCCACAGGGUUUGUAGGUGAAAACACCCAACCAAUCCCAGAAAAUAACAUUGGAAACCGAAUGCUUCAGAGCAUGGGCUGGACUCCUGGCACAGGCCUCGGACCAGACGGCAAAGGGAUAGCAGAGCCAAUACGAGCCAUCCAGAGACCAAAAGGACUCGGACUUGGAUUUAGCUGACAGAAGUACACUCUGGCUGCCAAGUAAAAGUAAAGAUCGAAAGUAAUUUAAAAAGACAAGAGAAAAAGUUGCUGUCUUGUGUUAUGCAUUAUGAUCAGCAGAUCCAGUUAUUCUCUUCUCAAAGAUCACUGAAGUCUUUGUGCUUCACAUCAGCUACACCAGCUGCAAAGUACAGCCACAGCGGCAGAACCGGCAUUUGAAUCUAACUUUACAAUGGUGCUAAGGUGUACGGACACUUGUACUUUUUUUAUUUUCUCUGGUCUUAGAGUUUGUAUUAAGCAUAAAAUUCAGUAUAUUCACUUCUUUUCAUAAAAGCUUCUGACACAGCAGAUUUUAGUAUCUAAGCAAAUUUUUUUUGUAAGUAUAAUUUUAUCUCAAGAGUCUUGAUAAGAUUUGUCAAGGAAAAUGGAACUUUAUACAGCUAUUGUGUUUUCCCCCUUUUCAGGCAAAAUUUCCAAACCUAAUAUUUCUAGUGUUUAACAGUAUUUGAGGAUAAGCUGUCAUUUU